GUGUGGACGGUGAUAAGGUCAGCUCGUUGCGUUGCCUGCGGUUGGACCAGUCAUUUUUACGACAAAGAUGCUACGAAGUUUUUUAGAUUUCCGUCGAAACUCAUGUAUCCCGAGAAAAGAGACGCCUGGGUAGCUGCAGUGAAGAGAGUGCACCCGGAUGGCUCGCUAUGGGAGCCGAGCGGGGACUGCCAGAUCUGCAGCGCGCACUUCAUCACAGGGCGGCCAUCAAACUUCAAGAACCGCCCUGAUUUCGUGCCCACCGUGUUCAACUACGCAAGAGCUCCUGGCGAGGCCUCAGUGCAGCUGCCUGACCCCUUUGUGAAGAGGCAGGAAGGUGACAGAGCUGCACCUGUGGGGGACACCAACUUCCAGUUUAAAGCUACCAAGGAUAUCUGGUUUAAAUGCUGUUUCUGUGUGUUUGUCACUACAGAUCAGCAUGGAAUAACGAGCCACUUGGUUUCCCACGGUGAUGAACAAUUCAAGUGCCAGCGUUGUCCAGUGUUGUUUGACUCUAUGUCAGAAUUGCAGUGUCACUUUCAAGUGCAUACAAGUGAUGAGUCAUUCAAAUGUCCCAGCUUUCCAAGAAUAUCCCUUACUGAGCAGUUCUGUUUGACUCAUCUGCGCACCUACAAGUGCCCGCGCUGUCACAUAGCCUUUAAGGAACGCGGGAACCUGACCGAUCACAUUCGAACACACUUGGCAGAAAAACCUUACAAGUGCAAACAAUGCCUCAAAGUCUUUACACAUAGUAGCAGUCUGGCCAAGCACGAUCGAACGCACACAGGUGAAAAAGCUUAUAAGUGCAAGCAAUGCCCCAAGGCUUUCACUCGGAAUAGUUGUCUGACCAUCCACAAUCGAAUACACACGGAUGAAAAGCUUAAGUGUGAGCAAUGUCUAAAAACCUUUGGUCAUUCCAACAGUUUGGCAGAACAUAAUAGAAUCCACACAGGUGAAAAACCCUACAAGUGUAAACUGUGCUCCGGAGCCUUUAGUCGGCGAUCAGCCCUGACCGACCACAUUCGAGCGCACACAGGCAACAAGCCUUACCAGUACAAGCCGUGUGCUAAAGCCUUUGCUCGGAAUAGCAAUCUGACCAAGCAUAGUCAAAUGCACACUGAUGCAAGACCUUACAAGUGUAGUGAAUGCCCCGAAGCCUUUGCUCGGAAUAGCAGCCUGACCAUCCACAAUCGGAUGCACACGGGUGAAAAGCCUUAUAAGUGUGAGCAAUGUCUAAAAACCUUUACUCAUAAGAGCAAUGUGGCCAUUCACAAUAGAGUGCACACGGGAGAAAAACCAUACAAGUGUAAAAUGUGCCUAAAAGCCUUCAUUCGGUUAUCAACCCUAACCGACCACAUUCGAACACACACGGGCAAGAAGCCUUACAAGUGCAAGCAAUGUCCAAAAGUCUUUGCUCAAAGUCACAAUUUGACCUUCCACACUCGAACGCACACAGGUGAAAAACCUUACAAAUGUAAUCAAUGCCCCAAAGCCUUUUCUCAGAAUAGCACUCUGACCCUCCACAAUCGAACGCACACAGGUGAAAAACCUUACAAAUGUAAGCUGUGUCCUAAAGCCUUCACAUGGAUGUCAUCCCUUAAAUACCACAAUCAAACACACACCGGCAAAAAAGUCAUAAGUGCAAGCGAUUUCUAAAAACCUUUCUUUAGAAUAGCAAUCUGGCCAUCCAGAAUAGAAUGCACAUAAAAGAGAACCACACAAGUGUAAGUUGUGCUCCAAAGCUUUCAUUUGGCUAUCAACGCUGACCUCCCACAUUCCAAUGCACACAAGCAGAAAAUCCAAGUUUUAACAAUGUCUGCAAACCUGAAAAUUCCGACCAUCUACAACAAAAUGCAUAUGUAAAAAAUGUUUACAUGUAUAAGCUGUGCAUAAAGAACUGGCAUUACUUACAAGCCUGACUAUGUUCGAGUGCACAGACAAAUUCCUUUAUAUGGCAAGCAAUGCCACAAAGCCUUUGUUCAGUUGGGUGGUCUGAUCUCCCACACUCGAAACAUACACAAAAGAAAAAUCUUGCCAUUUCUUCAUACUUUAUACUUAAAAGAGAAUUGACUGACUACAUUCAAAUGCACACAGGCAAAUAAACAUUGUAAGCGUAAAGAGCAUCCGCGAACCUUUAUUUAUGUUGAUACUCUAGGCUCAACUUUGAAAUGCCAACAUCCCGGAGCAUUUUCUAACUUGUUCUCCCUCAACAGGCACUUGCCGACACAUAAGGAUCCUAAACAUAAGAUUAUGUGCUCAAAGAUACUGACUGG